AUGGCUUCGAAGUGGACAAAGUUUGUGGUCACAGCGGUGCUGCUCUGCUCACUCGCAUGCCUAACCAGCGGUAGUCCUCUGGUGGCUGAGGAACCACAACGUCGGAUCCUCAAUGGCGUCGAGGCAAGUCCGACGGAUAUUCCGUUCAUCGUAGGCGUACUGGUGACGUUCCCUUCGCGAACUUACUUCUGUGGUGGAACACUGAUCUCCCCGCAGCACAUCCUCUCCUCGGCUAGCUGUGUCGAUGGCUAUCGUACCAUUACGGUGAUGCUGGGAGCGUACGAUAUGACGCUGGUGCAGGACUUUAUCACCGUGUCCUCGGUCGUGGUUCAUCCGAGUUACAGUAGCUUCUUCGAGUCCAACGAUCUAUCCAUCCUGACGCUGUCCCGCCCGGCACGACUUACCGACCGUGUUCAGGUGGCUCAACUACCGAACCGACUGUACGUGGGUCAUUCUUUCAACAACUACGAAGCCACCAUUGCCGGUUGGGGUCAGACGGGUUCGAACACCGGAGAACCGGUGCCAGUGCGUCGUUUGCUGUACUUCCGAACCCGGGUCAUCACCAACACGAGUUGCCUGGUGAGCUUCCCACUUUAUAUACGCUCGACGAAUGUCUGCACAUCGACCGACAACGGGGCCGCUUGUGUUGGCGACGAAGGAGGUCCGGUAACGGUCACCGAGAACGGACAAACGAUUGUGAUCGGUGUGCAUUCGUACAGCUUCUCCCUGGGCUGCCAACGGGGUUGGCCUUCGGUGCAUAUUCGUGUUACGGAAUAUCUGGAUUGGAUCGCUAGUAACUCCGAUGCGGUGACUGAUACGGCAGGCCAGCGUCGAGAUGAUCUGGGCGCGACCAAAGCGCAGAGCAUCCGAGUUGGCCGUACCCUCACCGAAACGUCCCCAACCGAUGUACGUGCCCUGCUGUCCAACGAAGGUAGCCUCAACCUGGCGCAGAUUGGGCAGACGCACCGGGCGGACACGGUCGCUGAAUGGCACCGGCAGUGGCAGCUCAAUCAACGCGACAUCUCACGAGUCAACAGCGACCUUUCGUUCAUCGUUAAUCGCUACACGGUGCACUCUCUGGAACAGGGCAACAUGAGGAGCACGUUAUUCGCCACACUGCUGCUGCUGGUUGCACUGCAAUGCUUCGGAAGUCCUGUGGAGCGAUCGCUAGGUGCCGGGAGGCGCCUUUCACUUCCAACAUCACAGAAAACACCGCGCAUCCGAGGCGGUGUACCGGUGGGUCCGUCGGAGAUUCCCUACGCAGCGGGAUUGAUGAUCCAGCAGCCCCUCGGUAAUCGCUUCUGUGGUGGAUCCCUAGUGUCCGUCAAUUUCGUCCUAACGGCUGCCAGCUGCUUCCUCAAUCCCGGUCCCACGACUGUUCUGCUGGGUGCUUCCAAUAUGACCGUCGUCGAUGAUAUUGUGCAGGCGAGCGAGGUCAUCAUUCACCAGGCGUUCGUCGCCAGUCAAAACCUUAACGACAUAGCCUUGGUUCGGCUUUCACGGCCGGCUCUCCUCACCGAUUACAUCCGAUUAGCUCGACUGCCGAACUGGAGACAGGCGGAUUCACAGUUCACCAAUCAGCUGGCGACGGUGAGCGGUUGGGGGGCGCUGGGCCAGAACGCCCAGGAGAUACUCCCGCUGAACAGUUUGCAUCGUGUGAACGGUUCCAUCAUCACCAACACCGCCUGCAAUCUGCAGUUCUUCGGUGGGAUCUCCGAUGAUCAUGUGUGCAUUGCGACGAGCAACGGAUCACCCUGCCAAGGGGACCAGGGUGGUCCACUGGCGGUCCAGGAUGCGGACGGUGGCCAAACCGUGAUCGGCAUUCAUAGCUUCAUCUCGAAUCUGGGCUGUGAUCUGGAUUGGCCGGCAGUGUUUACGCGUGUUACCCGCUUCCUGGCCUGGAUCGAGGCCAACUCGGAUGUUACCAUUCGGUCGGAUUUCGAUUUCCAGCCAACACCACCAAAUGCCGUGACCACCACCACUGCGGGCGAGCCGAUAACGACGACAGAAGCGAUUUUGGAAACGACAACCAUAGCACCGCCAUUGGUUUCGGAAACAACGACUGAGCCCUUCCCACCGACCAUUGAACCUGGGACUCCAGCGCCACCACUGCCAAUCACCCCACCGCCACCACCACCAUCCGUUGUAACGCUGUUGCCACACAUUCCUCCUCACAGAACCGGUCGUCCCAUCGUCCACUAA